AGCUGACUUGCACAGGUGAACUGAAACCGGAGUUGCUAAGCAGCUUACCGCGACUGGAUCCACUACGUGAAACCAAGUAUAUCGCCAUAUACAACUGCUUGCCUUUCGCCGAUUUGUUGGACCAGUUGUCACUCAUGUCCAGGCAAACAUUGCAAGUAAAUGGUCUAGCGGGGAUAGCGCAGAUAACACUUGAUACCUUUGGCCGCGUCAAUCAAUGUUUGCGGAAGAUUACAAUGCUGGAAUUGCACGCAGACUCCCAGCGAUCAGCACGACGCGAUAUGCCACACGUAGCCCAAGAGCUUUCUUCGGAUAUACUAAGUCCAAUGCCGGCACUGUUUCGCCUUUUUAUGGACUUGAACUUUACGCGUUUGCCAGCUGAUCUACUCAAGCCAGUGCCCAUUCAGGAGUUGCCGGCGCGUAUCUUUACACCUUUGAAGCUCUUACAGCGGCUCAAUUUGAUGAACAACCAGCUGUACGAACUGCCGACCACACUAUUGGCGCAGCAACAGCGCUUGCAAGUGUUAAAUUUGAGCGGAAAUCUGUUGGAAGCAUUGCCGUUGGGCCUUUUUGCAGCGACUACCAAACUUUUUAAGCUGAUUUUGAGUCGCAAUCGGUUGCAGCACUUGGACGCCAAAAUACUGCCACCUCUGACCGCAAUCAUCGACCUGUCGGUAGACAGCAAUCACCUGCGCACAAUCGAGACGGGCACUUUUGCGCAACCGAAUCGCUUGCAAGGGCUCGACUUGCGAAAUAACCAACUCGACUGGAUGGCUGGUGAGGACUGCGCCAUCUUUGAUGGGCUGCAUCGCCUGGAACGCCUGCUGCUGAGCAACAAUUCACUGCGUUACCUAUGCGAUCAGCUGGCCUCCAGCAAUCAUUCAACCAGCGCGCUAUCGGUGCUCGAC